AUGGCCCUCAUCACUUAUUUAAAGUCACUACACCGGGAAGCGGACUCGUUAUCCAGAAUGAUCUGGCUGCCGCUGCUGCUGAAAGGAGCCGUGUUACUGCUGUGCUCCGUUGGCUGGUAUGUUUCUGCCAGCCUGGCUAGCCACCAGGGCCACUUCCCCAAACUGGAGAACGUGGCGGCCUUCAAACCAGUAAGAAUCUCGCCAGCCCAGUCCACGUGUGGGAUCCCAGAACGGAGCACCUUCUGUCAGCCCGGCCUGACCCAGUAUGGCCUCCGCAGCUGCUCCCAGCAGUUCUGCAUCCAGGGGUGCCAGUCCCGUUCCAAGACCCCACCCUACGCAGACCUCUUCUCCUCUGGCUUAGGCACAUGCGUGACGGAAGACGUCCGCAGCUCCCGCCCAGGGUCUGCGCAGGACUCGGCCAGCAUCAUCUUCUGGAACAAAACGAGCUGCUUCACCUCACCUCCCGUGCAGAGCCUGGGAGCGGGGGGCUCAUUCACCAUCACCGUGUGGCUGAAACCCAAGGCGGAUGCAGUAAUGACUGUAAUUGAAAAGAGCGCGGGGGAGCGCGUGGUACUCGCGCUGACGGUCUCACGGGAGGCGGUCCAGAUUCAGUAUAACCAACAGGAUGGUUUAUGGCGCAGCUUCAGCACCAGGACCCUGGGACACGUCGCUGUGGGUCAGUGGACCCAUAUGGCGCUACAGGUACACGGUGUGAGCGCCAGCCUCUUCUUCAAUGGGCUGGAGGACGAUGGCACGCCGUUUGAUACUCAGACUCUGGAAGGACCCAUAGCGGACGUCGGGACUGGCGCUGUCAUGCGGAUCGGACAGAGCACCGCUGGGAUGAAUCAAUUCGUUGGAUGGAUGCAGGAUUUCAGAUUUUAUCCGGUGACACUUACAAACAGAGAAAUUGUGGAGGUGUUCUCUGGCCAUCUGCCACACCUUCAUACCCAUCCAGAGUGCCGCUGCCCCCCUAGUCAUCCCAGAGUGCACCCCCUGGUGGAAAGGUACUGCAUCCCCAACCUCGUGGAGGACACCACUGACAAUCGGGUCCUGAGGCUCAGCCGUGAUGCCCACCCCCUCCACUACAUCAACGACAACGACAUCGGGACCAGCUGGAUCUCAUCCGUGUUCACCAGCCUGGACCAGCUUGAUGAGGGUAUCAGCAUCACCUUUGAUCUGCAAACCGGGGAGUACCAGGUUUUCUAUGUCAUUCUGCAGUUCCUCGGCCCGCAGCCCGAAGCGGUGAGGAUUCAGAGGAGGACGAGUGGCGACUCGGCUUGGCGGGACUGGCAGUACCUGGCCAGGGACUGCGCCAUCUUUGGGAUGGAGAACAGCGGCCCGCUAGCCUGGCCGGAUUCUGUCAACUGCCUGCAGUUCCCCCGAGACGUCCCCUUCUCUCGCGGGAACGUCACGUUCAGUGUGCUGACGCCAGAGCCCAACCCACGGCCGGGCUACGGCGACUUCUACAAUACGCUGGCCCUGCGCGAGUUCGUCAUGGCCUCCCAGGUCAGGGUCCAUCUCCAGGGCCAGUACCAUACCCGGGAGCCCCACGUACCUGUGCGGCACAGGUACUACGGGGUGCACGAGAUCACCAUCAGCGGCAGGUGUGACUGUCACGGCUACGCAGACCGCUGUGACACAGGCCGCAGCCCCUACCGCUGCCUCUGCCUUCCGGAGAGCCACACGGAAGGAGAUAACUGUGAACGCUGCAAGCCUCUCUUCAAUGACAAGCCCUUCAGAAGAGGAAACCAGUUUCAAGCCUAUAACUGCCGGCCGUGCCAGUGUCACGGCCAUGCGGAUUCCUGUCACUACGACAGUACCCUGGACCCAGUCCCUGGAGAACACUUCCGUGCUGGAGGUGGAGUCUGUAACAGCUGUCAGCACAACACCACAGGAAGGAACUGUGAAUUGUGCCGGAACACCUUCUAUAGAGAGGUUAACAGUGUCUUGUGGAUGGAGAAUGUGUGUAAACCCUGCGACUGCCUGCAAGCAGGAACUGUCAACGGCCGCCUGGCCUGUGAUCCGAUCGGGGGCCAGUGUAAGUGCAAGCGACACGUGUCUGGCAGGCAGUGCAAUCAGUGCCAGGCCGGAUUCUACGAGCUGCGGCCCUCGCACCCUGACGGCUGCCGCGCCUGUAACUGUAAUACCGCCGGGACCAUGCAAGCAGAUAUUACCUGUCACCAGGACUCAGGUCAAUGCCACUGCAAGGCGAACGUAAUCGGUCUUACCUGCGACCGCUGCAACUUUGGCUUCAAGUUCCUCAACAGCUCCAACCCAGUGGGCUGCGUGCCCUGCAGCUGCAACCUGAACGGGUCUCUGCACCCAUCUUGCGACCCCUCCCUGGGCCAGUGCGAGUGCAGGCCACGAGUCCGGGGGCUUCUGUGUGACGCCUGCGCGCCGGGCUCCUUUGGACUGAGCGCCACCGGGACCUGCCGGCCAUGUGACUGCCACCCCGCUGGGACUGUCCCGGGGAACACCUGUGACCCAGUGACUGGGCAGUGCGUGUGCAAGCCCCGUGCGGGUGGGCGAAGGUGCGAUGCCUGCCGGGAUGGAUUCCACAGCCUGGACCGUGACGACCCUCUGGGCUGCCUACCCUGCCAGUGUGACCCCAGAGGGACAGUCAAUGGCAGCAGUGUCUGUGACAAGGCUGCCGGCCAGUGUCCCUGUAAGGCCGGCAUCCAGGGCUCACGGUGCACUCACUGCUCCCCCCACCACUACAACCUGAGCACUGCACUUGAGUUCCUGGGCUGUCGGCCAUGCCAGUGCGACCCCACCGGUACUGUGCUGGGCACGGUGUGUGAUGCAGUCAGCGGCCAGUGUGUUUGUCAGCCUUCCCGCCACAGCCAGGACUGCUCCACCUGUAGGCCAGGGUUCUCCCGGUCGCCCCUGGGAGCCAGCGGGUGCCGGGAGUGCGAGUGUCACCCUGCGGGGGCUCUCAGCCCGGCCUGCGAGGCGGAGACGGGCCAGUGUGCCUGCCGGCACCCCUCGGUGGCCGGCCGCAGGUGUGACCAGUGUGAGGAGCGCUACCGUGGUUUCGACCCUGUUGCUGGCAGGUGUGAAGAGUGCGGCUGCGAUCCCGCGGGCAGCCUGAAUGGCACCUGCCACCCCGAGUCGGGACGGUGCCACUGCAAGGCCUUCGUGCGCGGGGACAGGUGUGACACCUGUGCUGCGGGGGCCAGUCACAUGGACGCCAGCAACCAGCUGGGCUGCAGUCAAUCUCCGUCUCAGCAGCCGCCCCCUACAGGCCAAGUCUUGAACGCAAGUGCCAUCCAGCUGACCUGGAGCCCCCCCGACUCCCCAAAUAGCAACAUGCUGAAAUAUGCCCUCCUGCGGGACUCGCACGAGGUUGCCACUCUCCAUGCCCAGCACCCGUUCGAACCCCAGGUCUUCGUAGACACCGGCCUGUCCCCGUAUACCAUGUACUCGUACCAGCUGGUGACCAGCAACGUCCGCGGCCACACAAGCAGCGCACGGGUCAGCUACCGCACCCUGGCUGGCAUCCCCCUGCCUGAGCAUCUCAGCCUGCAUCUCAUGGGCAGGGCCACGCCCACCAGUGCCACCUUCAACUGGACACGUCCUCGGCACGCCGUCGGCCCAGUCAAAGGCUACAUGCUGAGCGCCGUUGCCAUGGGUGAUCAGGAGGAGCGGGUCCACUACUCUGGGCUUGGUACCGAAGCCACAGCGAGUGGCUUGAGUCCCUUCACCCGCUAUAAUUUCAGCUUGCGGGCCUGCACCAGUGCCGGCUGCACCCAGAGCAAGCCAUUGGGUCUGACUACCCCCCAGGCAGCACCUCAGCUCCAACCUGCACCGCGGGUCAGCACCAAUGGGCUGACUCGGCUCUCAGUGACCUGGGACCCCCCAGCACAGCCCAAUGGCGUAAUAAUCAGGCACGAGCUCUUCAUGCGCGGACCUGUGGAGUCCCAGGACCAUGGUGCCACCCCCAUCCCAGAACGGAGGGUUUUCUCCAGCAGUGGAUGGCUCAGUCCGCAGCCAACCCCGGGUGCGAGCAACAAGGGUGCCCUGACCCCACCGCAGAGCAGUGCCACCGUGAUGGACCUGGAGCCCUUCUCCACGUAUCAGUUCAGGGUGCUGUCAGCCAACAUGGCGGGUAGCACGCUCUCUGAAUGGGCGACUGGGAAGACGGAAGAGGGGGAGCCAAGGCACAUGCCUACACCUCGGGUAAUUCCCAUCUCCCCCUCCUCGCUGACGGUCAGCUGGGAAACGCCCAGCAGCAGGGACGCCAGGGGCAAGGUCAUGAAGUACGCGGUCCGCCUGCACCGGGAGCAGGCCUUGCACCGGUCCGCGCCGCCUGUCAUCUCCACGGUCCUCCGCACCGUGUCCCCAGAGGAGCGGGAGUACACCGUUGAGGGCCUGAGGCCCUACUCAGAGUACAACUUCACAGUGGAGCUGUGCAACAGGCUGGGGUGUGUGGCCAGCCCCCCUGUGACGGGACGCACGCUGCCAGCCGCUCCAGCAGGAUUAAGUCCUCCUAAAUUAAAGGGAUUGAACGUGUCAGUGAUGGAGGUGUCCUGGGAGCCACCGCGAGACCUGAGGCCCCCCCCUCUCUAUCAGGUGGAGAGGCUGGACCCGUCGCUCUCUGAUCCACACUCGCCCGUCGCCCACGGCACCCGGUUCCCGGGCCAUGGCUACUUUCUGUUCCCCAACACCACGCUCCCACUCGACGCCUACUUCACAGGCAUCCAGCUGAGUUUCCGCACGCGAGCGGAAGAAGGUCUCAUCCUAUGUGCGCUUUCACCCGGCGACCAGGACGAGUAUGUAGCCUUGCAGAUCCGCAAUGGCCGCCCAUUCUUCCUCUUUGAUCCACAGGCCUCCGCCACGGCGGUCAGCCCUGAGGAUGACGGGGGGAGGCGCUAUAAUGACGGCCAGUGGCACCAUGUGAUCGCUACGAGAACGCAGGCCGUGGGAACGAUCACCGUGGAUGGCCAGUACCGGGGGUCUUCCUCAGCCACAAGUGGCCGCACCAUUAUUGGGGAGAACACGGGGGUCUUUAUCGGUGGACUUCCUGAAACGUUUAUUCUUCUCAGGGAAGAUGCAGGGGACGGGCGGCUAGUGCGGCAGGGCUUCUCGGGCUGCCUGAGGGACGUGCUGAUAAAGACGAGCGACAGCCCCUCAGAGGUGUGGCAGCCGCUGGCCUGGGGCACGGCACUGGAGAGCAUGCAGACCUACCAGAGCUGGGAGGGCUGUCCUGUCCACACGGAGGAGGGUGCACACUUUCUGGGGCAAGGUUUUCUGGAGCUGAGGCCUUCCAUGUUCUCAGCAGGAGACAGUUUUGAGGUUUCUUUUGAGUUCAAGACGGACCAGCUGAAUGCACUGCUGCUGUUUGCAAGUGACACAGAGGGGGAUGACUAUAUACUGGCCGAGCUGCAGGACGGAAGCCUCCAGUGGACGCUGCGCUGGGGUGGGCGGGAGACCCAGCUUCACCUGUGGGCAGGCCUGUCUUACUGCGACGGUAGCUGGAAUAGCGUCACUUUGCUCAAGAGGGGCGCCUGGGUGUCGGCCUCCAUGAACGAGUUGUCCGAAGAGCGGCCCGGGGCUGCCGCCGAGGGGCCCCUCAGGGUCAGCUCCACCCUGUACCUCGGGGGUGUCCCGGAGGACGCGAGCAGCAAGGCCCCCCCCCACCUCGGCCUCCUGCAUGGUUUCGGCGGCUGUAUCCGGGCCGUGCGGCUCGCGCGCGGGGCUGUCGUGGACCUGGCCGCCGCCUCCAGCCGCGCUGUCAGAGUCAAUCUGGACGGAUGCCCGUCAGCCGACACGGCGGUUAACUGCAGGGGAAACGACUCCAUCCUGGCGUACACAGGCAGCGAGAGGCGGGCAGAGGACCACACGGUGCAGCCCUUCACAGAAUAUCUGUACAGGGUGCUGGCGCUGGGGGAGGGAGGCUGGACGUCCGGGUCGUGGGAGCGAGGCCGUAGUCUGGAGGCAGCUCCGCAAAGUAUGCUGCCUCCCUCUAGAGUUGUCUGUGUAAAUGGUUACAGCGCCGAGGUGAGCUGGGACGAGCCCACCGAGGUCAGGGGUGUAAUUGAGAAGUACAUCGUGAAAGCGUACAAUCGGGACGAUCCCAUGGCGGCCCCCGUCAGCGCCGCCUUCCCGCACGCCGAGCGCCGGGCUGGGACCCUGAGUGGUCUGGCUCCUUUCACCAGCUACACAGUCACUGUCACGGCGUGUACCCGGGCCGGCUGCGCAGAGAGCGCCAGCGGGGGCUGGAACAUCAGCACUCCACAGGAGGCUCCCGAAGGUGUCAUGCCCCCCAAGGCUGUUGUGUACCCCACCUCUCUGUGGCUGUCCUGGGACCCUCCUCAAAAGGCCAAUGGGAUCAUCACGGAAUACCUGCUGUAUAAGGACGGCUCCCUCAUCUACCGGGGCGACAGCACUGAGUUCAACAUCACAGGUCUGGAGGUGUACAGCCCCCACUGGCUACGCCUGACCGCCUGCACCUCCUCCGGCUGCUCCAACAGCUCCACGGUCACCCAGUUCACUGCCCAGACGCCUCCCGCUCACAUGGACCCGCCCCUCCUCACGCCACUGGACUCCCGCAGCAUCCACGUGCAGUGGACAGCGCCUUCGGAGGCAAACGGGGUGCUGGAGUACUACGCCCUCUACGUGUCGACACCGGGAGUGGAGCCGCUAGUGGCAUGUAACAGCUCCGAGCUCUUUGAGGACCACACUCUGUAUGGCCUUGUCCCAGGCACUACCUACACCUUCCAGAUAGCAGCAUGCACAGGGGGUGGCUGCACUCUGAGCUCUCCCAGCGUGCAACAUACAGACGAGAGCACCCCCGAGGAUGUCCCCGCCCCCUCGGUCGUGUCCCUCUCCCCAGACUCCUUCAACGUCUCCUGGCCCCUCCCGUCGGCGCCCAACGGUGUGAUCACCGGCUACAGGCUGUGGAUGGACGGACUGCUGGUGCAGGACUCGCUGUCCCAGCACUUCUGGGUGGGGAACCUGUCCGCCUGGAACCUGCACAGCUUCCGCGUGCAGGCCUGCACCGCUGAAGGCUGCGCCUUGGGGCCCCCGGUGGAGAUGCGCACACUGGAGGCGGCCCCCGUUGGCCCCGUGGCCCUGGAGAUCCAUGCAGAGGGGCCGCGGUUGGCGAGAGCCAGGUGGACGGGCCCGGCCAGGCCCAAUGGGAACCUGACCUACGCUGUGCUGUUUAAGGGGAUUUUCUACCAGGACUCCGCAGAGAACUCUUCAGUGGUAGAAGACACGCGAACUCUGCAUACCAGCACUGAAGCCGGCUGCUGGUCGACUAUCGUCGGCCUGCUCCCUUUCUCCAGCUACACUGUGUGGGUGAAUGCCAGCAAUAGUCAGGGCUGGGUGGUCAGUCCUCCCAUUGCCAUCACACUGCCCCCUGGAGCUCCAGAUGGCGUUCACCCCCCCAGGCUGGCAGCCGCCGGCCCCGCCAGCCUGCAGGUCGCCUGGUCGGCACCCGUGCGCAGCAAUGCCCCAGGGCCGCUGCUGUAUCAGCUGCAGAUGAAGGCCGCGGAGGAUCAGCGCAUCCGGCUACUGUUGGAGAACGAGACGACCACCUUCAGUUACACAGCAGAAGGACUUCAGCCUUACACAGAAUACCAGUUCGGGCUUGUCGUGUCCCACAGCCACGGGCAGACAGCCAGCAACUGGGCCGCCUUCGUCACCGCCCAGGACCGUCCUGGUCCUGUCAGUGCCCUCACAGUGUCCGGCAUCCAAUCGCGCACUGCCACUGUCACCUGGCAGCCUCCAUCCCAGACAAACGGCGUCAUCACUAAGUACAGAGUUUACGCCAACUCCCAGCUCCGAGCCAUCGUCCCCAGCAACAGCACGAGCUGCACCGUCUUCCCGCUGGAGCCGUACAGGGAUUACACCUUCCGGGUGGAGGCGUGUGGCGAGGCCGGUUGCUCCCCUGCUGCUCCCACGAAAAGCCUUCGCACGGCCCCGGCACCCCCCGAGGACAUACCGCCCCCCAGGCUCUUCUCCGACACGCCCACCUCUGUGCUGCUGUCCUGGGAGCGGCCACAGAGGCCUAACGGCGAACUGGAGCGCUACGUGGUGGAGCGGCGGCUCAGUGGUGGCCGGGAGGUGUCCGCUGUGGGCACGGUGCUGGCUGAGCGCCCCCUCAGCUUCCUGGACAACUCGGGCGCCCUGAGUCCCUGGACCAGCUACGAGUACCGUGUGGUGGCCAGUACAUCGCAGGGGGGCUCCAACAGCAGUGCCUGGCGCCAGGUCACCACCAGGCCCUCUAGGCCUGCGGGCCUGCAGGCCCCCCAGACCCUGGUUCUGGGGCCCGACUCCAUCCAGGUCUCCUGGAGCACCCCCCUGAUCUCCAACGGUAACAUCGAGAGCUACGAGAUCCGUCUGCUGGACCGGCGCGUCCCCCACACCAACACGUCCAGCCUCGUGUGCACCGUCGCUGACCUGCUGCCUGACACCAACUACAGUGUGACCGUCCUCGCCUGCUCUGAAGGGGGAGGCCACGUCGGCGGGUGCACGGAAAGCCCGGCCUCCCACGUGACCACACCCCCCGCAGCCCCGGGGGGCCUGGGGCGGCUGUCGGUCACCGUGGUCAGCGAGUCCCUGCUGGUGGCGUCCUGGCCCCCGCCCACCAGGCCAAAUGGACCCAACGUGAGAUACGGACUGCUGAGACGGAAAAGCCUGCAGCCCCUGGCUUCUCUUCCCCCUGAAGAUUUGAAUCGCUGGUACAAUGUUUACACAGGAGCCAAAUUGUUUCAUGAAGAUAAAGGCCUUAGCAGGUUCACUACAUACCAGUACAAGCUGCUGGUGCACAAUGACGUCGGCUUCACCACUGGGGAACCCGUUACGGCCACCACCCUGGCAGGGGUCCCCUUUGUCCCUACCAACGUUUCUGUGCAGGCCCUCAACCACACUGCUGUGGAGGUCAACUGGACAACACCGUCUCUUCAGGACCUACAAGGAGCAGUGGAGCUGUACACACUGUGGAUCAACUCCUCCCAGCUCACCCGGUCUGUCUCUUUCUCCCCCGGCACCACCUCUGUUGUGGUGGGAGAGCUGCAGCCCAACACGGAGUACCACCUCUCCCUUCAUGUCUCCAACGGGGCCCAUGUCAUCGCCGGGCCUGCAGCCACUUGCAGAACCGCCGAUGGAGAACCCAAGGGUGUCCUCCCUCCCGAAGUGGUGACCAUCAACAGCACCGCUGUCUGUGUGCUCUGGGUCUCGCCCCUCUCUCCCAACGGCGUGAUCACCGAGUACUCAGUCUACCUGGACGGCCAGGUCCACAGGACAGGCAGCAGCACGCCCGGGUACCUGGAGCUGGGGGGGCUGCGGCCGUUCACCGUCCACGACAUCCAGGUGGAGGUUUGCACCGUAUACGCCUGCAUGAGGAGCAACAGCACCAAGGUGACCACUGUGGAGGACCAGCCAGCCGAUCUCCCUGCACCUGGCAUCAGGGAUGUCGGCGCACGCUCUGUACAGCUGUUCUGGAUGCACCCCCGUCGGCCAAACGGCAUCCUGCUCGGGUACGAGGUACGGCGCCGCCCCCUGCUGCCCUGCACCGGGUUGCGGGAUGGAGCGAGCGAUAAGGGAGGACGCUGCUUCUACUUGGAGUGUUCAGCCGGUGAGGACGUCUGUGGCACCUCCUGCUUCCUGCCAGAGCUGGAGGUUUGCUGUGCCGGCAAAGUGUACAGGCACAUGCCCACCCACCAAUGCUGUGAGGACCAGUACGUUCCAGCCCACAGCGCCCCACAGAGCAUUUGCUGUGGCGGGCAUCUCCUACUGCCACUGCCUGGCCACCAGUGCUGCCGUGGAUUCUACGUCCCAGUCCUUCCAGGCGAGGUCUGCUGCCCCGAUACCAAGGAGCUACGUGUUGCCGUGGGGCCCGGGAACACCUGCUGUGGUGGUCGGCCAUUCUCCUCCACCGCCGGGCAGCUCUGCUGUGGCGAGGAGCUCCAUGACGGCUACGGUUCGCAGUGCUGCGGAGGACGGGUCCUGGGAGAUCACAUGGUCUGCUGUGGAGACGGCGAGAGUGGGACGGCGCACACCCUCGUGCCCGGUCUGGCCUGCUGCGGCGAGCAGUACCUGAACAUGUCUGGCGUGGUGUGCUGCGGAGGUCGAGCCCACAUGGCAGGGAACGGGACGCUGGCUGUGAGGUGCUGUGGGUCGGGGGUCGUCCCGCAGGGAGAGGAGUGCUGCAAUGGCGUGGGCUACGACCCGCUGGAGUACGUGUGUGCGGACAGGACACCACCCGGCCUGCGUGGUCCGACGGAUUGCCGGCCCUCCGCUCUCUGUCCGCUGUCCGCCGCCGAUACAGCUUACUGCGGCACCUGUGGCCUCGACCCGGCAGUGUCAGUGUGCGCCCUGGUGUCAGCGGCGCCCCCUGCCUACCCUCUGCACGCCCCCUCGCUGCCUGGCCCCCUGUCCCCUCCUGGGGAGCUCUGCCCGUCCGUAGAGGAGGUUGUGUACAGCGGAGGUGCGGACAGAUACUCGCUCACAGACACAGGUCUGAAGCCCUUUACUCAGUACCAGUACAGAGUGGGCACCUGGAACAGCUUUGGUUGGGGCUACAGCGCCGUCACCCGGCUCACCACCGCGGAGGACGUCCCCUGGGGAGUGAGCGCCCCCCGAUGGUCCCGUGCAGGGGAGCACAGCGAUGCCAUCCUGCUGGACUGGCAGGAGCCCACAAAGCCGAAUGGUCUGAUUGUGAGUUACACAGUACUGCGGGAUGGACAGGAGCGCUACAGGGGCAUGGAUCUCAGCUUCAUGGACGUGGGGGAGAUCCACCCCUUCCAGGAGUACGAAUACCAGCUGAGGGCCUGCACUACUGCAGGCUGUACUGACAGCAGCAAGGUAGCGGUGGUAACUGUCCAGGGAGUCCCAGAAAACGUCCCGGCGCCCACGGUGAGCGCCCUGGGCCCCCGGGCCCUGCGGCUGAGCUGGACGGCGCCGAGCCAGCCCAACGGCAUCAUCCGCGAGUACCGCAUUGACCAGAUCGGAGCUGGGAUCGUCUUCACCGCUGGAGGCGGAGCCAGGGGACACAACAUCACAGGUCUGCGGCCCCACACCGGCUACAGCUUCGCGCUGCUCGCCUGCACGGCAGCCGGCUGCGGAGCAAGUCAGCCAUCUACGGGCCGAACGCUGCAAGACGCCCCGGCAGGAGUGUGGGCCCGACCCCGUCACUUGGUACUGAAUUCCUCUGCGGUGGAGCUGCACUGGAGCGAGCCUCAGGAGCCCAAUGGUCGGGUGUUUCGGUACCGGCUGCUGAGGGAUGGAGCGCACAUCUUCUCCGGCGACGGCGGGAGCCGCAGCUACACGGACACCGGCCUCCAGCCCAGCAGCAGGUAUUCGUACGAACUGGAGGCCAGCACUGAGGGAGGAAACAGCCUCAGCAACAUAUAUGUCAUUCACACCCCUGCUUCAUCCCCAGAGAGGAUCCCGGCACCAUAUAAUGUCACCAUUAGGGGCCCCAGCUCCGUCUCUGUCGCCUGGACACCCCCAGAGGUUUUCAGCGACAGCUUGCCUCUGGAGUACAGCGUGCUGCUGAACCCGGGCAGCGAGCGGACACCGAUCCGAGCCGCAGGGCACGGCCAAGCUCUGGAGCUGGAGGGCCUCCAGCCGUUCACAGACUACGAAGUCCGAGUGCAGGCCUGUCAGGAAGGUGGGUGCGGCGUGGGAGACAAAGCCCACUUUCGGACAUCUGAGGCUCCGCCAGAGGACUUGGAUCCCCCUGUGGUGACAGCUACGGGUCCCACUGUCAUCGAGGUGCACUGGUGCCCCCCACACAAGCCCAACGGCGUGAUUAACAGUUACUACGUACACCGGAGGCCCGUCAGCACACAGGAAGAGCUGCUAGUCUUCAUCUGGUCAGAGGGCCCUCUGCAGUUCAUAGAUGCCUCUGAGAUUCUGCGGCCCUUCAGCAAGUAUGAAUACCGCCUGAAAGCCUUCAAUUCCCUGGGUUCCACUCAGAGUGGGUGGAGCCCUGUUCGCACCAUGGAAGCGGAGCCGGAAGGCAUGGCCCCACCCAUCAUCAGGCCCACCGGCGCCUACUCGGUUCAGCUCAGCUGGACUCCACCCCGGUUCCCAAACGGCGUCAUCACGGCAUACAGGAUGUUCUACCAGAAGCACCAAGAGGACCCUACGCUGAAUGCCACCUCUGUGAGCGCUCUCACUGUGCCGGGCAGCGAGCUGGAGGCCCACCUGUUUGGCCUGGACCCCUACACCAGCUACAGCAUGAGUGUGGUAGCCGUAAAUACCGCCGGAAGCCACUCUAGCCCCUGGGCUUCAACGCACACUCUAGAGGCUUCGCCUGGCGGCCUGGCUAACUUAACCGUGGAGCAGCGCGAGGACGGACGUGCCCUGCUGCUGCACUGGGCCGAGCCAAGCUCGCCCAAUGGGGUGAUCAAGACCGUCCACUCAGGCUUGUUUCCUGUACUGUGGUUUGUUAUGGUGUUCAUCUUCAAAAUGAAAGCGAACAGUUCCACAAGAGUGCUUCCUGUCACUUACCAGCAUUCUUUUCUUCAGGUGUGGGCAGUGAAUUCUGCAGGCCGUGCCGGAAGCCCAUGGGCCGGGGGACAGUCUGGACCAGCUCCCCCUGAGGGUGUGCUCGCACCAAGCUUCCUGCAGAUCCAUGCCACAUCAGCGGUGGUGGAGAUCACCCCGCCCACCCAGCCGAACGGACCGGUCGGCCUGUACAGGGUGCUAGCUGAGAGUGAGGACGCACAGCUCCUGGUAUCCGAAGGCACAUCCCUCCGGCAAACGCUGCACGGCUUGCGCCCCUUCACACUGUACACUGUCAGGGUGGAGGUCUGCACCUGCCUUCAGUGCUGCAGCCAAGGUCCCCCCCGGGAGCUGAUCACCCAGCCAGCAGCCCCGGCCCAGCAGCUGCCGCCCCGCACCCUCGCCAUCAACUCACGCUCCACCCUGGUGGAGUGGGAUGAGCCCCUCUCGCCUAAUGGUGUCAUCGAGAGCUGUGAGGUGCACUCCCGCACCUCCUGUCCGCAGCCCUUCCAGCCGGUGCCCUCCCCUUGCUCCCCAGGUACCUGGGAGAUCAGCUACUUUGGCAGAGGGUGGAGCUUCAACGUCACGGGCCUGCGGCCGUACACCAGCUAUGACGUGCGCGUGGUCUGCUACAACAACGUGGGCAGCACCGCUUCCAAGUGGACGUCCUUCACCACGCUGAAAGAGCCGCCGCAGUAUCUGGCUCCCUUCCUGGUGACCAGCAAUCUGACCACGAUGUUCCUGGACUGGGGGAGCUCCUUCGCUCUCCACGGCCUUCUGAGGGACUUUGUGCUGAUGGAGAACGGGCUUCGUAUCUACAGUGGCUUCCACAGUUCACUGCACAUCCCUCGAACCUCUGAUAAAACCUCCUUCUUCCAGGUCACCUGUAACACAGACACCGGCAGUGCCAGCAGUCCCUUGGUGACGUACAAUACAGCCACCGGCGUUGCCCCCAUGGAGCCCACCCCGGUGGGGAAGACGGGCACGCCGGACUCCCGGCUGAACUUCCACACGGAGAUAUGGUUCAUCAUCCUCAUGGUGGUCCUGUGCCUGCUCUUGCUUGCUCUGCUGCUGGGCCUGCUCCUGCAGAGAGCCCUCAGCAAGCCCCCCUUCGUACGGGAGCGCCCCCCGCUGCUGCCCCUGCAGAAGAGGAGCUCCAUGGGCGUCUAUCCCCCUACAGAUACUUACACGCCCCACGCCACGCCAGAGCCCACGGACACGUUCAGCAGUGUCACCCUGAAAGCCUUCUCCAUGCGCGUAGAGGGUCUGACGGAGACCAGGACGGUCUGCGGUGGAUCUUACUCCAGCUGCCACGGUUCACAGAUCACAUCCGUGCUCCGCACGCCAGACCGCAGCCACCUGAGCCACACCUGUUCCCACAGCGGGUGCCAGGUCACCAACACCCAUGACAAGAAGUCUCUGCUGGAGGAGGGUCUGUGGGACCCUGGGGAGCAGGGCCAUGAGAGCAGGAUGUUUGUGGAGGACGAGGAUCUGAUGGAUGCAGUCAAGGGCAUCAGCACAGUGAGGAAGGAGCAGACCACCUUCACGGACACACGCCUGUAGCUACAGUCAGAGCUCCGUCCUUCUGACCUCCACGCUGGUCUCGCUGAACGCCUUUCAUGAGCACCAAAGUGUUUCUAUGUAUGUGGCUUUUUCCCCCCCAAGUCAAAAAGCAACUUUUAGCCACCAGGCUCAGAAGCUGAAUGGGCUUUUAGACCCGACAAAUAAGAUUUUACAAAAAUAUACCCCCCCCCCCCGCCGCCUUGGCCAGCCAUGAGGAAACUGACAACUCACUGCAGCAGCCCCCUUUUCGAGGCAGUCAGGCAGAGAUUACUACCGCUGUCCAGCGGGUGGCCCUGUAGAGAUCAUUAAUACUAUUAGAAAGUAGUGCAAACACCGUCUGCUUGGGAUUAAUAUAGUACAUUUAUCUAUCAGCAGUAGCUUGUGAUGAUGACAUCAGACCCUGCCUGCGACAGAUGAUGCUGUAAGGUGGUGCAGUCUGGCUGCCCACUCAUCUCACCUCAGGACCACACUGUGAGCUUUUACUUCUGCCGACUCAGAAGGGUCAGCAGGUAGAAAUCAUCUGAAACCAGGACAUUUACAAAGCACAUGAUCAGGGUCAUGAACCAGCUCCUUAUCUUAUUGUUUUGUUGAAUAUAUAUGCUACAUGCUGCUGUGUAACUUAAGUAGCAGUAGGGCUGAGAUAGCAAGUAGUGGAAGUAGAAGAUGAUGUAAAAUUCCUUUUUAAGUAAAAAAAAAACCCACAACCAGGGUUGUGGGUUUGUCCUUUUUAAUUCCUUUUUUUUACCUUCAAUCAGUAUUAUUUAGAGCAUGAUUAUGGCAAGUUUUCCCAUCUGAAAAGGGCAGUGCUCUUUUGUCCCUGCGACGCUUUAAGUCCUCUGACAGUUAUUAAUGCAUGACACCAGUCCUCAGGCAGACAAGCAGCAGAUGCAGUGAAGGUAGGACGCAUGAUGGAGGCUUCCUGGCAGCAGCCUGCUUGCCUUCAUCCAGAGCUAACGCUAAUUAGUGAUUAGCGCUGCUGGGGGACAGGAGUGUCAACACUUAAUAACAAUCUGUAUUUUUGAAGUAUUUCAGGAUUUCUGGAGAUAUUCAUACUUAUACAAAACACAGUUGUAGUAUCUUUGCUUGUUCCAUUUUCAAGUGAAUUAAAAUUACCAAUUAAUUACUUCUUACAUCACUAACAAAUUUUUUAAGUAUGGCAUUUCCGAAAUAUUCUCCCCCUUCUUUGAUGUGGCAUUCCAAGCUCUCUCUCAGGUCAAAUGCAUUAUGAUGUCAGCUGAAGUGGUAACCUUGGCAAUAGGGACAGGAUUCUGUUAAGCUAUUUGUAAACCACACUGUACAUAAAUAUGCUUGACUCUUUUGUAUGUCAGAUUUAAAAAAAAUCUCUUCUAUAUAGUAUCUUUAUACUCUAAAAUCCAUGUCUUUUAUAAUAAUAAAUUUAUUGCUUUGAAUUAGAGGCA